GGGGGAAGGGAGAACAAGAAGAGCAGGAGGCAGCUCCUGCCCACUUUCACCCCCACACCUUUUAGAGAAUCAGGGCUGCUCAGCACAUCCAGGAGCAAGAGGGAUUUCGGAACAAGAAUAACUGACAAGAGGAAUUUGUAUAACUGACUACGUACCUGUUUCACAAAAUGGAAAGCUAUGAAGUUUACCAGGAAAAACAACGGAGAUACUUAAACAUUUGGCUAAUUUUAUGCCUGUUUCCAAGAACCUGUGUAUCAAAUCCUUCAAAACCUAACUUUUUACUGAUACUGGCUGAUGACCUUGGUAUUGGAGAUGUGGGUUGCUAUGGCAAUGAUACAAUAAGGACCCCUAACAUUGACAGCCUGGCAAAGGAUGGAGUGAGACUUACUCAGCACAUUGCUGCAGCAGCUGUCUGUACUCCAAGCAGAGCUGCUUUCCUGACUGGCAGAUACCCCAUCAGAUCAGGCAUGGCAUCCAGCACUCAACAGCAGGUUCUCUUCUGGAAUGGUGGUUCAGGGGGACUCCCACCAAAUGAAACGACUUUUGCCAGAAUACUCUACCAGCAAGGUUAUUCUACAGCACUUGUAGGCAAGUGGCAUAUGGGUGUGAACUGCAAUACCCGCCAUGAUCACUGCCACCAUCCUUUAAAUCAUGGUUUUGAUUAUUUUUAUGGCAUGCCUUUUACCCUUCUCAAUGAGUGUCAAGGCUCAGAUGACCCUGAAUUGGCCAAGUCUUUGCAAGAUACAUAUUGGUUUUACACUCAGAUGAUCACCCUUGCAGUAUUUACUCUCGUGAUUGGAAAACUUGCCAAUUUAUUCCCAGUAAAAUGGAAAAUAAUCAUCUGUCUGGCCAUCUGUGGUCUCCUUCAUUUCAUCUCCUGGUUCUCCAGCUAUGGUUUCACCAAGCACUGGAACUGCAUCCUUAUGAGAAACCAUGAUAUCACUGAACAACCAAUGAAUCUACAAAAAACUACUUCGAAUAUGUUGAAGGAGGCAAUUACAUUCAUUGAAAGAAACAAGCACAGACCAUUUCUUCUCUUUGUUUCCCUUUUACAUGUUCACACCCCUCUCAUUACCACAGAGAAGUUUCAGGGAAGAAGCAGGCAUGGCUUGUAUGGAGAUAAUGUAGAGGAGAUGGACUGGAUGGUGGGCAGGCUUCUGGAUGUUAUUGACAAAGAGGACUUAAAGAAUACCACAUUCAUUUAUUUUGCAUCUGAUCAUGGAGGAUUCUUAGAGGCUCAUAGAGGAAAUUCUCAGUUGGGUGGAUGGAAUGGGAUAUAUAAAGGUGGAAAAGGAAUGGGAGGCUGGGAAGGAGGAAUCCGUGUCCCAGGUAUAGUUAGGUGGCCAGGAGUGUUGCCUGCCGGGACAGUUAUUGAUGAACCUACAAGCCUUAUGGACAUUUAUCCUACAGUAGUUCAACUGGCUGGACGGGAAGUGCCUCAGGACAGGGUCAUGGAUGGGCAUACCUUGCUGCCUCUGCUGCAGGGGACCGAGCAGCACUCCAGGCACGAGUUCCUGUUCCACUACUGCGGGGUGUUCCUGCAUGCAGUGCGCUGGCACCAGAAGGACAGUCCAUGAUAUUCUGAGCUGGAAAGGGUCCAUAAGGAUCAUCAAGUCCAAUCCUUGAGGAAAUGACCCAUCUGGGGAUUGAACCUACCACCUAUAUUGCCUAUAUUGGCAAUAUCACCACCACCCUUAUUCUUUCAGAAAAAAUUCUUUAUCCUUUCUUUCACAAUUUCAGAAAUGGAUAUACCUAAUAUUUAUCUUUCAUUUCCUACACCUGAACUUUUCAGAACCAUUGAGACAGCAUCCCUCCAAAAAAGAUCAGAAGCAGGAUGUGGAAACUGUGUAGUGAAAAUAAAGAAAUACAGUGCUGGCCAGCUAGCCAGCAACUGGAUAUUUUAUUCUAAGAUAUUACUUAAACCUUAAUAUGUAUUAUUUGUUCCCCUUUGCCUUUUAAGAAGUUUUAAAAUUCUAUUUAUUCACAAAAUAUUGUUCUAGGGUAAUGACAAUAGAGAGCCUGAAGAAUAAAGCUGCAGGCACCAGACAAAAAGAACAGCUCUGGACACAAGAGAAGAAAGGAAGAAAAGUUCAUUGAACCAAAAAGAAAAUUCCAUGUAGGGACAAUGCAGUUGUCAGCUCUCUAAUGUUUUGAGCACAGAAGUGACUCCAAGUGGUGAAUGUCCCCUUUCUUCUUGUCUCCUUUUUCAGACAUAGUGUCUAAUUGCUGUCUUCUUGCUGGGAACAUCAUUGCCUCUGAGUUCAGUGUAGUGCUUUCUAAAUGUGGGGUAAGGAAUAGGAGAAAAAGGAAAAGAAAGGGAGAAGUUAAAUAUCCUGAUGCACUACAUUCAGCUGUAGUCCUAGUAAUUUACCAUUUUUUCACCACAAGUUACAAACCUGUGCUUAUCCCAUGGUCAGUACAAGAGCUUGAUGAAGUACAAGCUCUAAAGCUGUGAGCUAUUUGCCUUCUUCAUGUUAACUUAAAAACUAGACUCCAGAUUUUAAAGGCCUGCACUUACCACCCUUUUUGGAAGUGUGCUGGAACAUGAGCAGAGAAAUAAACUGUGGUCAAUUUCUGCCUAAAUGUACUUCUUCACUCAGAUGUACAGGGCCAGAAGACAAACCGCCUAUCAAUACAUACACCCAGAAACUGGGGACUAUGUUCUCCAUUUUCCCCCCUCCAAGAGGCAUAAAAAGUUUUAAAGGGGAACAAGAAAGUGGCAGACUCCAUCUGAUGUACUGAAACUGUGGGGCUAACCAUCCAUAUACUGCACAUGGUAUCCAGAGCCAAGGUGUACCCAUGAGCCACAAAAACCACUUGAAUCCCUGCCAGCUUUCACAACACCUCUUCCCUGUAGGCAACAACAGUGACAUUUGUUCCCCUUGCAACAACAAAACAGAUCACUUAAACAUGAACCAGCCUUUCAGGGACCACCCCCAGCUCCUAAUGACAUUAAGCU